GGCUGAGUGAGCGGUCGGGCGCAAGGGGGAGAGAACCCACGGCUCGCUCUCAAGGCGAACGAGAGGCUGGUGGAGCCCUGUCUAAAUGUGUCGGCCUCGCAUUAUGCAGCUGUGACGACAUACGAAGAGAUCACGCACGGUGAAGCUACGUGUAUUUCGUAAAGGAAAUUAUAAUCAGCAAGUGAUAGCUGUUUAAAAAAAAGUUCAAUCAAUAUCCCUUUAUGACUUUCAACAACCUGCCAUUCUUGCAAAACCCUUUAAAGUAUCGCAAAAAAAAAGGAAUUGAAAAGGUAAGAAGAAAGCCUGCCCGUUCUCGAGUGACGGUGAGCGCUAUCGAGUUUCUGAUAAGAGAGCCAAGAGUGAUAGGUUAUUAUGCGCUAAACAUACGUUAAAAGAGCCGUGCCUACAACUUUAUACAUCAUUCCUCCGUGGGGGCUGUUAUGCCACACGGGUUUCUCAGCGAGUGACAGUGAGAGAUUUUACGGAGUAUUAGACACCUGUCCACCCAGUCAAGAUGAGAGCAGUUCUCUUCCUCGUUGUUCUUGUGCCUUGCUUCGCCAUCGCAGUGAAUAUGACACCAAGGUUCAACAACUCCCACGAGCAUGUAACGGUGACAGAAGGAGAAAGAGUUAUCUUACCUUGUUCUGUGGAUGUUGCUGGGAAAGAGACGGUAAUAUGGGUCAAUCCCCGUAAAACUCUGAUCAGUCUGGAAGAUCGAAGACUGAUCGAUGAUCACAGGAUCAGUGUCGAGAGACCUUAUAUAAAGAUCUGGAACCUUCUGAUUCGUGACGUCAGAUACAAUGACAGCGGGACCUAUGAGUGUAAGGUCAACACGACUCCGCGCAUGGUCAAGAAGGUCACCCUGGAAGUUCAAGUCCCACCGGCCAUCUUGAGCCAACUGUCCUCUGAUCGGGUGACACUGGAGGAAGGGGAGUCUGCGACUCUUGUGUGCAACGUCACAGGAAUACCACAGCCGAAUGUCACGUGGUACAAGAGGAACCACAGGGAAAUCGUGCCUGUCAAAGAGAGGAUAGGUCUGGAAGGCGAGGUACUGAUCAUUCACAACGUGACGCGUCACUGUGACGACAUCUAUGAGUGCUUUGUCGACAAUGGCGUCCCUCCUUCGGUCAGCAAAGCCAUACGAGUGGUGGUCAACUAUCCCCCAGAAGUUGUUCUUCCGAAUCCGAAAAGGAUAGGACAGCGCCUCGGCAAGGAGACAAUUCUUGAGUGCCAGAUUUAUGCACACCCUCACGGCAUCACGGCUUGGAAAAAGGACGGCCAAACCUUGGAGAGGGGCCAAAAGUAUGACAUCGAGGUGUUUAAGAAUGACGUCGAGAACUCCAUCACUCUAACCCUGCGCAUCUCCAACCUGAGAAAGGGAGACUACGGGAACUACGAGUGCUUCGGCUCCAACUUUCUGGGAGAGGCUCAUGGCUUCUUUAUGCUCUACGAAGUGAAACCUCCCCCGACCACCACGACCAGGGCCACCACGACAGUACGGAGGGUGUCCAUGGGCCCCAUGGAGCCUGGACUGGUCAUCGGGGACCGCCGGCCCAGCACCACCAACGACAAGAACUCCUUGCAGGGCUACUCCAAUAAGGGCAACGGCGGGAACGGUG